CCCGAGGAGCCCAGCUGAGUUUCAAGAUAUAAAAGCAACUUCGGGUGCCCCCUUUCCAGCCGGGACGUCUUAAAGGGCUCGGAGCCGGGCAGCUCCCCGCGCCGCAGCGCCUGCUUUCCCCUUCGCUCCUCUCUGGCCCUCCCUCCUCCCGCCCCCUCGCUCCCUCCCCCAGCGCGCUCCAGCCUCCGAGCUCCAGUAGCUCCGAGACAGCUUUCCAGGAUUAUGGAGUUUCUGAGCGAGAAGUUUGCCCUCAAGAGCCCACCGAGUAAAAACAGUAACUUUUACAUGGGCGCAGGAGGCGCGUUGGAGCACGUUAUGGAGACGCUGGACAAUGAGUCCUUUUACAGCAAAGCGUCGGCGGGCAAAUGCGUGCAGGCCUUCGGGCCCCUGCCCCGCGCCGAGCAUCACGUGCGCCUGGAGAGGACCUCGCCCUGUCAGGACGGCAGCGUGAACUAUGGGAUCACUAAAGUAGAAGGACAGCCUCUUCACACCGAACUAAAUAGAGCUAUGGACAACUGUAACAGUCUCCGGAUGUCUCCCGUGAAAGGGAUGCCAGAGAAGGGAGAACUGGAUGAACUUGGGGAUAAAUGUGACAGCAACGUAUCCAGCAGUAAGAAACGGAGACACCGAACCACCUUUACCAGCUUGCAGCUGGAGGAGCUGGAAAAGGUCUUUCAGAAAACCCAUUACCCGGAUGUAUAUGUCAGAGAACAGCUUGCUCUGAGGACUGAGCUGACUGAGGCCAGGGUCCAGGUUUGGUUUCAAAAUCGAAGGGCCAAGUGGAGAAAAAGAGAACGUUAUGGCCAAAUCCAGCAAGCUAAAAGCCACUUUGCUGCCACCUAUGACAUAUCAGUUUUGCCAAGGACUGACAGCUAUCCACAGAUUCAGAACAAUUUGUGGGCAGGAAAUGCAAGUGGUGGUUCUGUGGUCACUUCAUGCAUGUUGCCACGUGACACUUCCUCCUGUAUGACACCUUACUCUCACUCGCCUCGGACAGAUUCCAGUUACACAGGGUUUUCAAACCACCAGAACCAGUUCAGCCAUGUGCCCCUCAACAAUUUUUUCACUGACUCUCUUCUUACCGGGGCUACCAAUGGACAUGCAUUUGAAACAAAGCCAGAGUUUGAAAGGAGGUCCUCCAGUAUCGCAGUUCUUCGAAUGAAAGCCAAGGAGCACACUGCCAAUAUUUCAUGGGCCAUGUAACAUACAGUACUCUUUUCUUUCUCUCUUAAUGGCAAAGUAAAACAUUCUUAUUUCUCAUAUUUAAAGGAUACCACAAUAAGCUGCUGUGUGUGGAAUUGCUAAAGGUCAAGAUAUACAGUGAGACCAGCUUAAAUGAAUAGUUGUUAUUAUUUAACAUUAAAAUCUAAGAAUGAACCUCUGAAAAGACUCAAUAGGUUUACCACGCACCCGUCUCCACAAACUCUGUUUUAGUAGUAAGAUUUUUUUUCUAUUGUACGAGUCGAUGAAAUAUGAUCAUGCAGCUUCUGAAAAGAAUAAAUGUAUUAAACAAA